GUAGUUACCAAACAUUUAGCGGUGUUUUGCCGGAAAAAGGUACCCUACCACUAAAAAACUACGGGAAGAGCGUUUUGGGACACAUGUUGUGUGCUUGUAAAGGUAAAAGCCACGAAUUACAAACUAACUUCUAACAAGCUGUGCUUUUAAGCACACAAUCACGCGACUUUGUGUGGAAAACUGCCUUUUCUUAAGUUAAACGAGUUAUGGAAAUUGUCAGAGGAAGUUUAGAUGGCAUAUCCCGACCUGCGUCGAGCGAGAAACCAGGAAGCCGUGCGUCCAGCGCUUUGCUUCACCAUAACGAAAAAGUUUGUCCUUCUUCACCUUUUGAACUUGUCGUUUUGUCCAACGACCCUGCUGCUAACAUUCAGGCACAGAGCUGCUCCUCAGAGCCUUCAAAUAAGCUUUUGACCACAGCAGAUCAGUCUCACACUGAGGCUGCAGAGGAUGACGAUAAGGAUUCAGAGCUACAAAGAGCCUUUGAAGAAAUGAGGAGACUUGAUGAAAUCCUGUCUGCAGAAAACUCCAAGGAGAAAGAAAUCAGGCGUCAAAGGAAAGAGCUUCGAGCCAAACUCUGGCAGGAACUCCUGAAAGAAACAAAUCACUCUGAAUGUGCUUUUGAAGCUUUGAACACAAAACGAUUCUUGGCUUUAGAAGCUCGCACAGGGACAGAGGAGGAAAACAUUGUGUCUCUCUUUGAAACUGAGAUCCCUGAGCAGGAUGGAGACCGCCUGUGCUUUGAGCAAAGUUUUAUUACAAGCACCACCAGCUUGAAGGACGACCAGCUGGAAGACAGUAAAAAUUUUAAAAGUGAACAUAAACAGAAAGACUUCAUCAAGAGGAACAUCGAGCUAGUGAGUGGUGAGGUGGGCCAAGUGUGUUUGACCCCCGCAGAAAAAGAGCGUCUGGCUGAUCUGCUCCGGGAAAUAGAYGAGGUAGAAGAAGAGGACAGCGUUGAAGGCCCAGACAGAGAGGCUUUGUGGACUGCGUUGGUCUUGACAGAUCAUGGUUACACCCCAGAACCCUCUGAUCUGGAGCAUCUGAUCCAGAUUGACUCUAAGAUAUGUCUUCUUCUUCCCACCGAUGAGCUCAACUCACUGCAGAGUUCUUACACAAGCUUCAGCAAAUCUCAGGGCCUCGGCUCCGACGUUGGCUGGAAGUGCGAUAGGGACCGGCAGCCAGGAGAGAAGGUCCUGCAGGAUAUAAAGGAGAGGAGAGAGCAGGAGAGGCGGCUCCAAGAAAUCCAACAGCAGCUGGAGAUUCUGGGCCUCAGCCAGGAGAUGACU